CAUGCAGGCGUUAAUAUUGCUACUAUUGUUAACACUACACUUAAGAGCUUUAAGAUCUCUGCCUGCAACUUAGGUUACUUUAUCCUUAAUAACACUACAAAUAACAACUCCGCAAUUAACGCCCUAGCUAUUAAAUACAACUUUAACGCCUACUAUUAA